CCUGAUGCUCAGUCAGUCAUUUGGAUCAGCGGUUCUGGACAGAGGCUCAUCUAGAACAUGCAGGGCGGGGGGCCUGAGGACCAGGGGGGAAACUCUGGGUUACUGGAACCAAACGCAGCUGACCUUCAGGGUCAGCGGGGUCGCGUUAGCCUCUCUGCUACCAGCAGCAGAUUUGUUUCUCUCAGUGUGCCAACAGGAAGUGAUGUCAGCGAGGUUGGACCUGUUAGCUUUAUUGCAGUUAAAGUGGCAAAUUGGUGGCUUUAUUGACCUGGUCGCCUUGGUGACGGUAGGACAUCUGGACACAAUAUUGGACUUUUCACCCACAGAAAUGCCCAUCAACAGUGUGAGGUCAAAGGUCACAUCCAGAAAUGUAAACGAUUUCCUCUGGAAGCGCAGCAAACCAGAACCAGAACUCUGGAUCCAAAUGAUGAGUAGCUUAAAGCUGCAGUUUGUAACUUUAAUAAAAUGUUUUUUCUGUCAUCAGAUCAUCUCCUGCUCCCAGUGCCAACUACAGAAUACACAACUCAUUUAGAAACGACCAAUUACAGCCAGGAGGUGGGUGUUAGCGCUGUCAAUCACACAUGUGUAUGCACUGCAACAGAGCCUGCCAUCAAUGCAAGCUAGCAGCUAGCAUAGCCACCAUGAUGCUAUUAAUUUAGAUUAAGUUUAUUUGACAUUAGGCUGUUUGGCACAAGGGAGGGUGUGAGCAGCGUGUUCAUGAGCUGAUUGGCAGUGCCAAGACCCUCCCUCUGGCUCUCAUUGGUUGAGCGGUAGCGGUGCGUUUCUGCAGAUGGCAGUGGGACCACAGGGUGAAGCUCAUCGGUGUUGCUGUGUGGAAAAGUUUUGCUGCAGCUUUAAAGCUGCUGCUGUGAUCCUCACCUGCCUGGAUGUGCCUGUUGCCAUGGCGACAGACACCGGGGAGACAUUUUCCUUCAACUCCACAACAUUUUCAUAGAAAUCAUGAUGUCACCAUGGUAACAACUUUGUUGCCAGGGCGACGGCUCGGUCGCUACGGUAACGUCUGGUUGUGGUAAAGCGCUCGGUGCCGGACGUCGAUUGGCUGACGGCCUGAGUCACGUGACUGUCGUUCUCUAGUGAUUUUUUGUGAAGCUGCUUUUGUCAGCGGGGCUCAGACUGUCCACCUCCCUGAGGACAGGUGGACAGGCUGUCCACCUCCCUGAGGACAGGUGGACAGCCUGUCCCUGCUGCUGCAUGUGAUCUCAUCCUGUUGCCAUCUGUAAAGCCGUGUGUGAGGAUGAUGAUGCUGCAUGCUUUGUUCUCUCCAUGAUGAAGAGUCACAAUAAAAACGUUCUUCCAGCCUGAAGGCGCCUCAUUCACCGCAACACGCAGCGUUACUGCAGCUGGUCUAGAACAGCAGAUCUAGAGCAGGUGAUCUAGGGCAGCUGAUCUAGAGCAGGUGAUCUAGGGCAGCNGAUCUAGAGCAGGUGAUCUAGGGCAGCUGAUCUAGAGCAGGUGAUCUAGGGCAGCAGAUCUAGAACAGCUGAUCUACAGUAGCAGACCUCCAGUGAGCAGUAACCCAUGGUAACCUGCUCCGAGCUCAUUCUGCAAGCCGCCUGUCAGACAGCGCUCAGGGUUAAUUCAGCCGCUCUCUGUUCACUACUCCCAAUAACUGCGUUAAAAACUUCCGAUCAGUCCGAUUUCAGGAAUAACGUUCCCCGCCGCCUGUCAGGCAGCGCUCAGGGCACACGACGCCCUUUCCGCUGCUAGGACCCGUACUUCCGGCUGUGGUUCGGCAGUAGCAGCGGCCGUUAGCUGGAGCUGCUGCGCGGAGCGGAUCUCAUCUCCCGGAUUCUCUGAGCGGCUCCCCGGCAGAUUCUGGCCUUUGAAUCCGCCUGAAGCCGCUCCUCUGUCGGUUCCGAGCCGCCAGCCGAACGCUAACGCGGGGCUUUGUCGAGCUUCAGGUCCGGUCCUUCCAGUUAGCAUCGAGCUAACAGCUAGCUUCCUUCCGAUGAAAACAUCGCCAGGAAAACUUGGCUGACAGGUGGAUCCGGCUUCCGGGUCGGUCUUGCUGGGACUGGAUCUGAGUUCAUGAAACGGACCAGAACCAUGCUGACCUAGGAACGGGUUGGGAGCACUAGAGUCCUGCAGCGGCCGCCGCCAUGUCGGAGAACCAGGCCAACAACAACAACGUUCCUCUGAACAACAACAUGGGGCCCAACCGGAUCCGGAACCCCAACAUCAACCAGAACCCACUCAUCAAUGUGCGCGACCGCCUCUUCCACGCCCUCUUCUUCAAGAUGGCCGUCACCUACGCCCGGCUCUUCCCGCCGUCCUUCAGGAGAGUCUUUGAGUUCUUCGUCCUGCUGAAGGCGCUCUUCGUCCUCUUCAUCCUCGCCUACAUCCACAUCGCUUUCUCCCGCUCCCCCAUCAACUGCCUGGAGGCGGUGCGGGAUCGCUGGCCGCGCGACGGCAUCCUGAGGGUGGAGAUCCAGAGGAACUCCAGCCGCGCCGCCGUCUUCCUGCAGCACUACGACUCCGCCGGCCUCCAGGGGGAGCUGCAGGCCCAACCAGGAGGAGCAGCAGUGGCCGGGGUCAGCCUGGGAGACGAGGAGGACGAGGACGACGAGGUGACGGUGUUUGAAAACAGCUCAGUGCAGGUAAGAUCCUGUCUGUCUCCUCACCUGUCUGUCUCCUCACCUCCCCGUCUCCAACCGUCUGUGAUUGGAGGAGGCUCUGGAGGAGCAGCCAAUGACAGCCAGGACGUGUCGUUUAGCCCCGCCUCUAAAGGUAUGCAGCCGCUGCAGGACUCAGUGUCUGAGCUGGAGAUGAUGACCAGAGCAGUGUGGCCGCAGGACGAGUACAUCGUGGAGUAUUCCCUGGAGUACGGCUUCCUGCGGCUGUCGCAGAGCACCAGGCAGAGGCUCAACAUCCCCGUCAUGGUCGUCACUCUGGAUCCCACCAAGGACGAGUGCUUUGGCGACGGCUUCAGUCGCUUCCUGCUGGACGAGUUCCUGGGCUACGACGACAUCCUGAUGUCCAGUGUGAAGGCGCUUGCCGAGAACGAGGAGAACAAAGGCUUCCUGAGGAACGUGGUGUCUGGAGAACAUUACCGCUUCGUCAGCAUGUGGAUGGCCAGAACGUCGUAUCUGGCCGCCUUCGUCAUCAUGGUCAUAUUUACGCUGUCUGUGUCGAUGCUGCUCAGAUACUCCCACCACCAGAUCUUCGUCUUCAUCGUGGAUCUGCUGCAGAUGCUGGAGAUGAACAUGACCAUCGCUUUCCCAGCAGCCCCUCUGCUCACCGUCAUCCUGGCCCUGGUUGGCAUGGAGGCCAUAAUGUCCGAGUUUUUCAACGACACGACCACGGCUUUCUACAUCAUCCUGAUCGUCUGGCUGGCCGACCAAUAUGAUGCCAUCUGCUGCCACACCAACACCAGCAAACGCCACUGGCUGCGGUUCUUCUACCUGUACCACUUCGCCUUCUACGCCUACCACUACCGCUUCAACGGUCAGUACAGCAGCCUGGCUCUGGUCACUUCCUGGCUCUUCAUCCAGCACUCGAUGAUCUACUUCUUCCACCACUACGAGCUUCCUGCCAUCCUGCAGCAGAUCCGGAUCCAGGAGAUGCUUCUGCAGAACCAGCAGGCGGGUCAGAACCAGACGGCUCUGCAGGACAACCUCAACAACAACCACGCCACGGCCGCCGGGCCUGGUGCCGGGCCGGAACCCGCUGGGACCGGCCAGUCAGCAGACGGCACCGUUGAGCCGCCGCCGGCCGGGCCGCUCCCAUCAUCCUCUGUGGCGGUGGGCGGAGCCGGCGAGGUCAGAGCGGAGCUUAACUGGGUCGCUCAGACCGCCGCCGUCAUCACAGAGGCGCUCGGCUCCUCCGUUGACUCGGGAGGAAGUCAGGGGUCGGCAGAGAUCAGUGUGGAGUUCUGGAUGGGUGGGGCAGCAGGUGGAGCUCCUGAAGGCUCAUUGGAGGAUAAAGCUUCAGGGGGCGGAGCCGAAGCCUCACCUGGUGAUAGCAGGUGCCAGGGGGCGGAGCCUUCCGAAAGCCCCGCCCUUCAUACAGACUGCCCCGCCCCUCAGAGCUCAGGUACAGACAGCGAGUCACCUGGGCAGCAGACCUCCACUGCCCUCGGCACGUCGUGAGCAUCCAGGUGAGCUGAUGACAUCACGGCGCCACCUGGAGGUUAUGGACCGUCAGCUGAUCACUGAGCUGCACUUUACUCCAAUUAAUCAAUUAAUUAACUGAUCCAUCAAUUAACCAAUGAAUGAGCUGAUCUGAGGGUAGCCCCGCCCCCACCCCUGGCUUCAGGUGUGACCAACAGGUGAACUGAGGUUCUGACCCGUCUGGACACCCACAGCUCUGAGCCGGUUCUGCUGAGGGAUGUCUGACCCGUCAGGUUCUGGUUCUGACCCAUUCUGUCGGACUGAAACCCAGAUGGAACUCUAAUUGUGCUUUUAUUUUGUAGAACAGGAAGCUGCUGAUUGGCUGUUGCCCCUUUGAGGGCGUGUCCUGCGUUUACGUAUUCAGGCUGCAUGACUUCACCUGUUCAGAACCAGAACCUCGUCGCCUCCAUGGUUGGAUCGUGACAUUGGGGGCGGGGCCUGGGUGGGCGGGUGCUUUUCCUGCUGGUCCACUGGACCCAGUGGACCAGGCGCGGCCGCCUGCUGGUGGGUCAGACUCAGCUGAAGGUCAAAAAUAAAGAGUUGUGGAACCA